UGAAGCAGAGCACCGAUGCCUUCUUAAUCACUGUGUUUCCCCAUUCCCACUCACCUCCUUCGACUACGGCGGCAUCGCACAAUCCGCCGCCUCUCUGCGUCACCGGCCGCAGUCGGUCUGGCUCGCCUUCGAUCCAUCACCAUGGACGCGCCCUCUGCCGAUGGGUCCCGGGCGGGCGUUGCAACAUGGGAGGGGAGCAUCGACGGGCUGCAGAUGCAGGUGCAGGUGCCUCCAGAAGAAAACGCAAAAGACGAAGAAGCACAGCCAACACCAACACCAACACUCACACCGGACCUGCAACUCGGGGGUCUCCAACAACAGCAAGGCGAAUACCGGCCCAGUAGCUAUUCCCGUUACCACCACUCUCAAACACCACAUGUACCACAUGCACCACAAAUAUCCAACCUUUCUCCACUACCACCAACUGACGUAGAUGGGAUUCUCUCUCCGGGACGCACCGUCGAGAGACUGGCGCGCAAGCUAAGCAAGCAAGACCUGCAGCAACGGCACCGAAGCCGCCCUAGGCGCCGCCAACCGCAGACGAAGCAGCCAACUCGUCUGUUGCCCACAGCGACGGCAAGCGUGGAUAGCCCCGAGUCGCGUAGGUUUCAGGCCUGGGCGGCUCACGAUGCCAACCGCCAGUCGCAGCUCCACCCACCGCCCCCUUCGGAGGACCGCACCAUUCCAUCAUGGCUUGCCAUUCCCACGCUGGAUAUGGGCGAGCCCAUCGAGGUUGACGAGGCCUAUGCCGAGCCGGCGGAGCCGGAGAAGCCGGAGAAGCCGGAGGACAGGCGGCUGUUGGAUGUGAGGCGACCGCGGCGGCAAGCAAGCGGCCAACUCCGACCCACCACCCGCCCGGUCGACCAGCGCUUGGAGGGCAUGAUUGCGGAUGGGACACAGUGCAACGUUCGCAGCGAGCCCCGGCCGACACCGACACCAACGCCAGUGCCGGCCCCAUCUCUACCGGGAUUAGGGUUGCAAUUAGCCAACCCGGGAUCCAUCGAAGCCGACCCAGGAUUCAUUGAAGCCGACCCCGAAUGCGCCAUUGAGGGCACAAGCAUAGAGAUUGACGAGACCGACACGGGCGACAUGUCCGCUUUUCGGGACGAGUUGCUCGCCGUGGCCGAGGGUAGCACCAUCCCGCUGCGGUACGCCAGCGGUCCCGGUGGCGUCAGGAAGUACACGGUCGGCGGCGUAGCCCUGCGAUACCGCCUCUCGGCCGACGUCGCCAUGCGCUGUGCCAACGUGAUCCGCAGCCGCCCGAGAAUGCGCAAGCGGGCCAAGACUCGCGGGAGCGCCGACACUUCGGCCGUUACCUCGCCCGCCAUGUCGCUGGCGCAAUCACCACCCCUACCGCCCAUCGAAUUUCCGCGCUGACGUUGGACACGUCAUCUUAUUUUUGUUUUGUUUUGUUUUAUUUUGUGUGUGAAACGACAUGUUAUAUACCCCUCUUCGUCUCCCGAGCUUUGCAGUUUCGAGCUGGUUCGAGGAACCAUUUUGGAAGUUUUAAAAAGAAGUUCGCACAGGGAACCGGCCCUUUGCUCUGCCGGUGGUGCGGGAUUGCAUAUCUACU